UUAUUCAUUUCAUUACUCUGGACGACAUUGUACGCACAAUAUUCGAACUAAUUUGUAUUAUGUAUAUUUUAUGAAACAAAAUGUUUAAGACGGAGAUUCUACUCGGCGUUGUUGCCUUGUCCAUCGGCUUAGUUCACUCACUGUGCUCUGAUUGUGACGAGAAUCCAGCUGACUCAUGGGAUUUUGUUAUCUCCAGUGAGGGCCAACUAGAGUUCUACAGUAACCAAACCAAAACGAACAGCGAAGGCACUGACUUUUGGGAGCUUUCUGCUUUGGCUUACGAUGCUGUCAACAACGUGCUGUUCUUCGUCGACAGGGGAAACGACAACACAACCAUAUUCAGCUUUAAUUUAACAACAAAGAAGUUCCAGCCCUUAACCAAGAAAAAGCAGCUCGAGAACGUAGAGAGUAUGGCCUUUGAUCCCGUCAAAAGAAUGCUUUUCUGGACUGACACAAUGGAAAGAAGCAUAUUCUGGAUGUCAUUGAUGCCAGACUCCGAAAACGAUGGCAAUGGCCACCUUUUGAUCAAAAUGAAACAUUAUACUCCAGAAUUGAUUGCCGUCGAUAGCUGCAGAGGAUACAUUUACUGGACAUCUGUCCAGCACAAUUCAAUGGCAUCGAUAGAAAGAUCCAAAUUUGAUGGUUCAGAGAGGGAGGUUAUUGUUCACACUGAUCUCUAUAUGCCAAGGGGCCUAGCCAUCGACCAAAGAACUAAGAGAUUAUAUUGGGCAGAUGAAAAAGAGGGCGAACGUUUUUCCAUAGAAAGUUCCAACCUAGAAGGAGAGGACAGGCAGAUAUUGCUAAAUGGCUCUCAUCUACGACUAAUAAAUACUUUAACAGUAUCAGAGGACUGGAUCUACUGGGUCGAUUUGGGGUUUUACAACACCGUCUGGAAAUUGGCAAAGGACAAACAAAACGUUGAACCUAUGCUAGUGGUCACGCUCUCAAAAAACACUUUUGGUGUAGUUGCGAAUUACGGAAUCCCUGAGUGUGAGACUUUGCCCAGAACGUUGCCAAAUAAAGCAGCGAAAUUCAACAACUCUAGGAAUGCAUUGCUGGCCCUUGUACUUUAUUUUUGUAUUUUUACUGUGCCUUUUCACUUUUAUUAGUACAGCCGGGUUGGAGGGCGCGCCGUGAUAAAAUCCUAUGAUCCUAUGGAUGAUUUUAGAUGACAAAUUACUUAUGCUUAUCGCGUAAAAUCGAUAAAAUCGCGCGAUUGAAGCUAAGCAUCCCUGGUAUGUUCAUGUGGAUAACUGUGUUGGUUGUGUAUAAUUACUUUAAACUGUUUGAAUUGUAAUUUUUAUUAUAGUUACUAUCUGUUGUCAAUAAAAUAAA